GAAACAGGAAGCGCUAGAGCAGCGCUAGAGCAGGGCUAGAGACAGGGAGGUGGAGUGGGGCGCUUGAAUGAAGCGGGCAGGCCGUGAAAACGCUGCCAUCUCUCUGAUCAGGACCACAUUGGCCACGGCUGGGAUGUGGGUGGCAUCAUGAGUGUGAAAGCUUUUGAGCUGGUUCCCGCCGUGGAGCGGGAGCAGGUGAUGGGUGAAAAGGUGCGCGUUAACAUCGAAUGCAUAGAGUGCUGCGGCAAACACCUGUACCUGGGAACCAAUGACUGCUUCGUCCAUCACUUCCUACUAGAGGAGCACACAACAGCAAAGGGUAAGCUGGCCUACAAUGCCCAGAAACUUCUGCACAAAUACCUGGGCCUGAAGAAGCCAGUGGUGGAGUUAAAGGCGGCCUCUGCUUUGGAACGUCUAAUUGUCCUCUGUGAUUCAACCAUCAUUGUUGUGGACAUGGUUACCCUAGAGCCUGUGCCCACCGGGGGCACUAAGCUUAAAGGUGUGACUUCGUUUUGUAUUAACGAGAACCCUGUAACUGGAGACCCAUUCUGUGUGGAAAUGGCAGUGGUGUCGGCACGCAGACGGGCGGUCCAGAUCUGUACGCUCCACGAGGACCGGGUGCAGAUGUUAAAGGAAGUGACUACACCAGAGCAGCCCUGUGCUUUGAGCCUGGAUGGGUACUUUAUCUGCCUGGCCCUUCCCACACGGUAUAUGAUUCAGAACUACAACACAGGAGCCUCCCAGGAUCUGUUUCCUUACGACUGUGAAGAGAGGAAACCCAUCGUCAAGAGGAUUGGCCGGGAAGAGUUUCUCCUGGCUGCCCCAGGUGGGCUUGGGAUGUUUGCUAACGCAGAGGGCGUAUCUCAGCGUGCCCCGGUGAGCUGGUCAGAGAGCGUGAUUGCAGCGGCUGUGUGUUUUCCAUAUGUGGUUGCAUUGGAUGAAGGCUUUGUGACCAUUCACAGCAUGUUGGACCAGCAGCUCAAACAGACACUGUCCUUUAGAGAUGGACAACUCCUGCAGGAUUUUGAAGGUAAGGUGGUGUUGGCCUCUACAAAGGCGGUGUAUAUGUUGGUGCCUCUCCCUCUGGAGCAUCAGAUCCAAGACCUCUUGGCAAGCCAUCGAGUCGAAGAGGCGCUGACGCUCACAGAAGCUGCACAGAGAAACAUUCCCAAAGAAAAGUAUCAGAAAUUGCACAAAAGAAUUCUCCAACAAGCAGGAUUCAUCCAGUUUGGCCAGCUUCAGUUUUUAGAAGCAAAAGAACAUUUUAGAAAAGGACAGCUGGAUGUACGGGAGCUGAUUUCCCUUUAUCCACUGCUCCUGCCCGCCUCUUCCUCCUUCACACGGUGCCAUCCACCACUUCACGAAUUUGCUGACCUGAAUCAUCUGACGCAGGGAAACCAGGAGAAAGUACAGCAUUUCAAACGUUUCCUCAUUAGCUACCUACACGAGGUGCGCAGCAGCGACAGUGCUAAUGGUUUCCGUGAAGAUGUGGACACGGCAUUGCUGAAGCUCUACGCAGAGACCGGCCACGAAAGUCUUCUGGACUUGCUGGCCUCCGACAAUGCCUGCCUCCUGGCAGACUGUGCCCCCUGGCUGGAGAAACAUCACAAGUAUUUUGCUCUUGGGCUUCUAUAUCACUACAAUGGUCAGGAUUCUGCUGCUUUACAGAUGUGGGUUAAGAUUGUCAACGGGGAUCUCCAGGACUCAACAAGACCAGAUCUGUUUGAAUAUGUUGUGGAUUUUCUUUGUUUCUGUUCCAACCUUGACCUUGUAUGGCGGCAUGCAGACUGGGCAUUACAGAAAGAUCAAAAGAUUGGUGUCCAGAUCUUCACCAAAAGGCCAAUCUCAGAGGAAAAGCGGGGACAGUUAAACCCAGAUGACGUUGUUACGUAUUUGCAGAAGCACAAUCAAGGCCUUCUGCUCUACCUGGAACACCUGGUACUAGAGAAGAGAUUGCAAAAAGAGAAGUAUCACACACAUCUGGCUGUGCUGUAUGCAGACAGAGUGCUGAGCCUUAUCGCACGACCAUCAGCCACUGAGGAGCAACUGUCUGCUGCCCGCCAGAAACUACAACGGUUACUGAAAGAGUCCAGUCUGUACAAAGUCCAGUUACUACUAGGUAAACUUCAGGACGCUGAGCUGCUGCUACUAGAGCGAGCUACACUACAUGGGAAGUUAGAGGAACAUGACAAGGCCUUGCACAUUCUAGUGCACCAGCUCAAAGACUCGCCUGCGGCGGAGGAAUACUGCUCCUGGGCCUCUGCGUGUCAGGACCAGGCCUACCGUCAGAAUCUUUUCCACCAACUCUUGAGUGUUUAUCUGGACCCGGAUGUACCGGGAGGGGCUCAAAACAUAGCCGCCAUUGACUUGCUUAACCGGCAUGCUGACGUUUUCGAUGCAGUGCUGGUGUUAAAGCUCCUCCCAGAGGAGUGGUCUUUGCCACUGCUCCGUCCUUUCCUGUGUGGGGCAGUAAGGGCAAGUGUGCAUGCACGUUGCACUUCACAGGUUGCAGUGGGACUGGCCCGAGCAGAAAACCUCCAGCUUCAGCAUGACCGGCUGAAGUAUCGAGGAGGCCCAAUAUUAAUAUCUGAAAAGAAGGGAUGCCGGCUGUGCCACAAUACCUUUAGCGAGCCAGACUGCGCCUGCCUGCCCGGCGGAACGCCUGUCCAUAUUCACUGUGUCGCCAAGAAAGCCCUGGACUUGCCAGUAGAGCGGCAAAAGGAAAACGCCCACCACAGCAACCACACAUGAAGCUGAUCAGUACCGUGUCGGACAGUCAACAGAUGCUGUUUUGCAGCACACAUGCAUGGAGAGAGGGCUGAGUGCAUAGGGCACCCGUUCAAAGCCCAUACAUGCUCAUUCGCAGCGAGCAAGACCCUGCUAUACAAAUCAAGUUUCCUGUGUGAAGGAGUUAGCCAGUGAAUGAGUGUGUGAGUGUUUGAGAACUGUUUAUUCCAUUGUCCCUCUGUGUGUACAUGCGACACUGACAAUGAAUAUGAGAGAUUGAACAUUUUAAUGAACAUCAAACAAAAAGUUAUACAUCCAAAAAAAACAACACUGUCUCUUGGUUGAUCUUUUUAGCAUUGCCUUUUGACGCCUGAUCCAGUGGCUCUUUUGAAAUUAAUUUGCUUUUAAAUUAGUAUAACUGCACUGUAAAUGUUUUAAAACUCAAAAUCACUUAUUGCAGCUUAAGUGCUUUCCAUGCUUACAAUUUAACGGUUGUUUACAAACCAUUAGCAUGGUUGAGGUCAAAAUCCUUAUAUUUUAGUGUCUUGACCAUCUCUUCCCAAAAAAGCAGAAUUGUUAAAAAGGUGUGUAUGCUAUGUGUCAAUGGUUUUCAUCAAACAAACACCAAAGUUAAUUUCUCUGUGCUCUGAGAGUGACAAGUUAUAGCCUUACAUCAUUGCUUACACCCUCUGUCAUGGUCCAUUAAAUACUUUAUGGGAAAAAAUGCUGAUUUAAUUAUGAAUAUGAUUGUCAUCAUAAUAGCUGGCUUUAAUCAUCGCAGACAUUUUCUAAGAUAAACGGGAUAAAAGGGAAGAUUUUCCAAAAUGUUCCUUGUUCAUCUGGCUACAGCCAAAUCCGAGAAGACUGCUUUGCUCUUUAAAGUUACAUCGCAGUGUUAUGGAGAAGAUUAAACAACCCAACAGGUUGUAUUUCACCAUCCCUCCUGAGCUGGAGGGGUGAUUCGGCUUGAUAUUUCCCUUGGAAGUUUAGUUUAGGAUGCAAAGUGAUCUUAAAUGAAUAUUCCAGGUUUGGUACAAUCAGUGGUAUUUAUUGCAUAAUGUUGAUACCCACCAAAAAAUUUGACUCCUUUCUUAAAACAAAAAAAUCAAAAAUCGAAGUUAAAGUGAGGGGCUUACAAAUGGAAUUGAAGUCAUUUUAGGAUUAACAGCAUUGCAUUGUCAUGUCAAUGAAGAUGUAAAAUUGGAUAUAACUUUACACAGAAAAGGCUAUAAUGUUAACACGCAUAUCCAUCAUCCGUUUCCAUUGUUAGUGCCAUACUGUAACCCAGAUUUUUGCUUUUUCUUAAAGAAGAGGGACAAGUUGCAAUUCAUUUAGUGGUAAUCAACAUCAUGCAAUAAAUGCUGUUGAUUGAGCUUAACUUGUACUGAACCGGGACUAUACAGUAUGUCGUUUUUCUUAUAAAGAUCUUAUAAUAUAAAGAAUAUUUUAAGCAUAUCAUUAACCAUUUUAAACUAAUCAAUGGACUCAGGCUGUGCUGUGUUUGUAAUACAUGUUAGAACAAAAAGCUAAAAUUGAUUAUUACAUCACUACCAUUUUGUUUCUCAAAUGCAUGUGGUGUGGGCAUGGGUCCUCGUGUCUUAAGAAAUGCUUAAGCUGUGAUUCAUUUUAAUGAUCAAAAACAUUUUAACAUGAGAUGUUGAGUUGUGUGAUGUUAGGUAAGCAAGGUUGCAAAUUGCUGCAGAGGGUAUUGCCUGAGAAUAAUCUGUAACCUCAUACUUGAAUUAAGUAUUUUAGAACAUUUUGAAUUUCAACAGAUGUCCAUUUGAAUGAAAAAAAAAAAAGAAAAAAGAGCACAAUAAACACUGCCUACUAAAUCAGUACUGAAGUGACCUCGGCUACGUAGGACCAGAACUGUAGGAUAAGCAGUCACCUACAACAUGAGACGUGACACAGACUUGUUAAGUUUUCCAAAGACAGUCUAACUAGUGGUCAUUAGUUAUAAGGAUGAUGAAACAGUAAAAACAAAAAUAAGAAACACUUUGGGUACUGUACAUAUUACCCUGGUUUAUAGACUCUGAACAAGUGCGUAGCAUGUGUAACAGUAGCCAGCUGGUAGGUAGCUGUGCAGAGUGUGUAAAUCUCACUCCUCUGGCCUCAAAAGGCGCACUAGUGACUGACAUUAGAGGCUUUAGCCUCCUCGUUAGUGCACCCGCUUCCCAUGCCGGAGACCCCAGUUCAAAUCCAGCUCAAAGCAGGUGGAGCAGGACCAGUGACAGUGGUGCCGUGACCCGGAUGGGAAUGAGGUUUAGGGGGGGUGAGUGUAAUGAUAGCCAGCUAGUAGGUAGCUAUGUAGUGUGUAAACCUCACUCCCCUGGCCUCAAGAGGCGCACUAGCGACUGACAUUAGUGGCUGUAGCCUUUAGCCUCCUGGUUAGCGUGCCCCCUUCCCAGUUCAAAUCCCACUCAAAGCAGGUCAAGCAGGACCGGUUACACAUGCACAGGUUAAUAUGGCAACUAAAUCUUGAAAUGUCUCUAUUGUAAAAUGUACAUGGUUUAUGAGGUCUUUGCUUUCAUUUACUAAUGUUAGUCAAACUGUUUCUUCCUUAAAAGUUUUGUCAUACUGUAUAUGGAACCAAAUCCUCCUUUCCCAUUAAUUGUCUAAACAGAGAUGCUUAAAUUUUCAGCUUGAGCAAUUGUAAAUGCAAAUCCUCCUCAUUGCAACAUCCCUUUAUAUCCUCUGAUGUAUUUUAUACAGAAAUAAUACAGAUACUGGUGUGUACAUACUGUAUUAACUGUUUGUUGCUUUGUAAAUCAGUGCCAGCGUGGGUGGAAUGUACAGAAUGUAAAGACGUCCAUUUUAAUAAACAAAACUGCUUAAAUGAG